AUGGAUUAUCACAUUGGCCAACGACUGAGCCUGAAAGACCACCUCUGUACAGUCCGCUACCUUGGCUCUGUUGCUGGCAAAGCAGGGGACUGGUUGGGCGUAGAAUGGGACGACACCAGCCGUGRCAAGCAUGAUGGARCGCACGACGGGACGAAGUAUUUUGAAUGCAGAAGUUCCGMAGCGACCGCCGCGUCCUUUCUUCGACCUCAGCAGGCAUGGGAUAAACCAAGAAGCUUCCUGCAAGCGCUCAAGGAGAAAUACAUGCCCGAGGAUGCUGGUACGGGAGGCGAGAUUGUCUAUUUCUCCAGCAAAAAGGCCGAGGAAGUAGGCUUUGCCAAAUUCGCCAAGYGGCAGGCUCAGUUACAAGGCAUUCAUGUUAUCGUGCUGGACCAUAUGCGGAUUUACUUGGAUGGACUCAAAGACGAAGCUGAAGCGGUGACCGCAACUUGUGCCAACAUCACUGAUCUGGACCUUGGAAGCAACCUACUCGAAUCGUUCGACAACGUAAUUGAGCUUGUUGACCUCUUGCCAAAGUUACGCAGUAUUGUGCUUGAUGGCAAUCGAUUCCACAGUAUACCAGUAGGGAGCAAUCAAGGACUCGAGGGCAUCAAGUCCGUCGGGCUGUCGAACACGCUGCUCAGCUGGGCUGAGAUCGCUCUUUUGAUGCAAAGAGUACCCAAUCUUUCGAACCUAGCUCUAGCCAACAACGACCUGAAGCACAUUGGCUCCGAAAAACUCCUAGAGAGUAUUCAAACCAUGGAAUUAGCUGGAAAUCACUUCACUGCAUUGUCCGAUCUGGAGAACCUUGUCGCGUAUCCCAACUUGAAAAGUCUGGUACUAAAAAACUGUCAAAUCAGUGCAGUCAGCGCACAAUCCAAAGCCACAUCAUUAUGCAGCCAAUCGACAGAAUCCAUCGAUCUGGCGUACAACGAUGUGAAAUCAUGGUCCUUCUUCAAUUCACUCGACUCCGCCUUCCCAAAUCUCAGGCAUCUAAGAGUGGCUGGUAAUCCUCUAUAUUCAGAGCUCACUUCUGCUCAAGGCAAAGCACUCACGGCAGAGGACGGCUACAUGCUCACCAUCGCCCGGCUUCCCCAAUUGGAGACUCUCAACUACAGUAAAAUCAGUGAUAAAGAGAGACUCAAUUCAGAGACAUACUACCUGGGACAAAUUACCGCGGAACUCUCUCGGGCUUCAAUUGAGCAGGCAGCGGAGAUACUCGCGAGAAAUCCGAGAUGGCAGAGUCUUUGCGAAGAGUAUGGCGAGCCCGCUAUCCACCGAGAGCUAAAGCAAGACGAAUUAGAUCCGAAUAGUCUAGCUGCGAAACUGGUCAAAGUUACGUUCACUCUGGCUGCGAAUGUCUUACCUGAAGCAUCAACAAGACAUUGGAACGAAGAAAUACCGAAGCUGUUCAAGAUAUAUACUGUAUUGGGUAUGGUUGGGAAAAGGUUGGAUGUUCUCCCACUCAAGCUGCGUCUGGUCUGGGAGACUGGCGAGCAGGACCCGGUCGGCCGGGAUGGAGGAUAUACUGGACCAGAAGAAUGGGACAGUAGUGAUGAAGAAGGGGCGGGUUCAGCAAAAGAAGGUGGGCUGGUAGCCAGAGAGGUUGAGCUGGUCGCUGGCACUAGAGCAGUCGGAACGUAUAUUGAGCGGCGAGAAGCCAGAGUCCGGGUCGAGCUGAAGUGA